AUGGAUGUUCAAACAUGGUAUUUGAGAACUUCAAAAGUGGCUCUGGCCUUGGCAAUUAUCCGCUCAAAACCAGCAGACAAAACCAGCAAAGAAUAUACAGAGCACCUGGCCACGCUGGUGUCUGAGCGGGAGUCCAAAUGGAGAUCAAAAGUGGAAGCUUUGGAAACAGAAGUUCUGCAAUUACGUCAAAAACUUCUUCUGAGUACGAUUUGUUCAGGAUUGUUUAAGGAUGGUAAAUCGGUAAUUUCUACACUGCCAUCUCAGGAACCUCUAAGUUCUGAAAGUACAUUGACUUUGAUGGAUGAUUCUGGGUGUGAUUUAUCAAAUGAACAAAGAACUGAACCUUUGGAGCCAUCCUUGGAUUCUACAGAGAGUUGUAUAUCUCUGCCCUUUCUACCAUUGCCUCUUGUGAAAAAGCCUCAUAGUACUCCAGAAAAUCCUCUCUCUUCUCACAUGCAGUUCUUGCAACAUCUGCUUGAACUGAAGAAAUUCAUGGAAUCGGGUACCCUGAAAACAGACUUAACUCAUCUUGAAAAAGACUCUUCCACCAUCUCUGAUUCUGUUUUGCAGUUGCUAGAUGGUUUGAUCACUUUUUACCAUAAUCCCAGACUUCCUUUUUCAAACUUUUGGACAGAAGCUGUUGGUACUCUGGCUCAACUGGCAAGUGAUUGCAAUUUGUCUAAUCUUAUACUUAAAAAGUGUUAUAAGAAGUUGGAAGAAUUCAAGAAAACCCUACUACAGGCUAUUUUAGAGACCAGCAAUAUAAAUCGGUUUCAGGUACAACAUUAUAUCUCUAAGAGUCUGGUAAUCCUGGGAAGUUGCAGCCUGUUGAGAAAAUCUAUUGUACCUCUACUUCUAUCAGAAAUUAACAGCUUUACUGAUGAUCUUGAAGCCAUCAAUCAGGUACAAGCCACUUAUGAUGUAACACGCUAUGAAAAUAUUUUCUUUCUCUUGUGGAUUCUGGAGCAGCUUCUUCAAAUAGAAACGAAAGAGCACAGUUCAUGUAUAGAUCAUGAUGACCCAGAAAUCAAGAAAUUUCUUCAGAAGCUUGAUGGAACUGUCUUCCAACUCUCUGAUGCAUUUCCUUUAUUUACAUUUUAUUUAUGGAGACUGGGCAUUCUCUUGAACUCAGCUAAAAUGGAAAUUGUUGGAAGUAGUGCACUUCCUUAA